AUGGAGCUUCCCUUUGUUACACUCGAUGUCUUCACAAAGACUCGCUACCGAGGCAAUCCCCUCGCUGUCGUUACGAUCCCAGCAGAUAGCAGUAAUCCUAAGCCUACGCAAGAGCAGAAGCAAACCAUUGCCCGCGAAUUCAACCUCUCCGAGACAGUCUUUAUCCACGAGGCCAGCCCUGAUGCCGGCAGUGAUGUCACUCGCCGAGUGAUCGACAUAUUUACAACGGACGCCGAAAUCCCGUUUGCCGGACAUCCUACUAUAGGUGCCGCUGUCACGCUCAUCCCCAAGGGCGUUGAUACGGUCAUAACAAAAGCAGGCCCAAUUGCACUCACCCAGACCCGUCCCGGUUAUAUCCAAGCUGCUAUUCCGCACAACGUUCGCUGCCAUCAAAAGACCUUGGCCGAUCUAUCAGCACCAGCGCCUGGCCAAAUCUCUCCAGACCCCGCGAUACGCGAUUGUGAACUGCGUGCACCCCUGUUCAGUAUCGUCAAUGGUAUGACGUUUGUGCUCAUCGAGCUUCCUGAUCUUGAUCAUCUCGGAAGGGUUCAAUUAAGCGGCGUAUCCCUGCCUGCGAAUGACGUUCUUGACGGUGGUUGGAAAAAAAGCCUCCUCUGCAAAUAUUACUACGUAGUCAACAACCGACGUGAGGAAGAUGGUGUGUCAAUAUAUUCUAUCCGGUCGAGGAUGAUGGAAGCUGCCAUGGAGGACCCAGCUACAGGCAGUGCUGCAAGCGCGCUUUCAAGCUACCUUUCGCUUCAGCAGACUAGCACUGGUGAUCACGACUUCCGAUACGAAAUCGACCAGGGUGUUGAGAUGGGCAGGGAGAGUAACAUCGUAGUUGAUGUUGGCAUGAAAGGGUCCGAGAUUGCUACAGUCAAGCUCUCGGGAACAGCUACCCCAGUUAUGCGUGGCUUUGUCACUGUCUAG